CUUUGCAAUACCUUUUCCCUUACUACCAGGACCAGUUCACCUGCCCAGACGAGUACGAGGACCCGGCGGUUUUGUAUGAAGCCAUCCAAUCUUUUGAAGAAAAGGUGGUGAUAUGUCACGAAGGGGACCCCGCCUGGCGCAGCGCGGUGCUCUCCAACAGGGAGGAGCUGCUAACCCUGCGACACGUGGUAGAUGAAGGAGCCGACGAAUAUAAAGUUAUCAUGCUCCACAAAAGCUACUUGAGCUUCAAGGUUAUCAAGGUCAACAAGGAGUGCGUCAGAGGGCUUUGGGCUGGGCAGCAGCAGGAACUGAUUUUCCUACGCAAUCGUAACCCGGAGAGGGGAAGCAUCCAGAACAAUAAACAGGUCUUGCGGAACUUAAUUAACUCUUCGUGUGAUCAGCCGCUGGGAUAUCCAAU